UUUAUAAAAAUAUUCAAACGUAAUGGUCGUUAAACUCCUAGUUAAAAUUUUAAUGGGCUUUUGUUGCCUCUUCGGAGCGGCUCAUCCGGUGAUUUAUGGCGAUAACUUUGGGGAACUACUCGAAGCUGUGAUUACUCAUUUGCAGAGUGGUGAUUCGGAUAACUUGGACAACUGGACCAAGGACAUGACCCUGGCAUUGAAAAGUGAACAGCAGCAACGUCUGGCGUGGAAUAUUCCGUGGGAGGACAUACUGGAUAAAGGACUCUCUCCCUUGGACUUGCAACAUCUACUUAAUCCCAACAACCGCCUCAAGUUGCACCUUUGGAUGAGCUUCUACUGGCAUUUGAAACGCUCCAGGAGCUUAGAUGCCAUUCUGACCACAAACUUUGCCCUGAAACUGAGAGACUUUCGGAGGAGCAACGAGGACAUGUGGAGCCCUGACUUGCAGAACAUGUGGCAGAGUUUGCCGAAAUCACUGAAAAUUAUACUCCAAAGUGAUUGGUUGUGUUUGCAACACAAAAGGCAGAUGUUGUAUGUGGUCUCGGGCUAUAAACUGGAAUUGGGCGCCAACAGCAACUGCAGCAUGUGGCAGAUACAAAGCGAAAACAAGGAUCACUGGAUGCGUUUAAUUAAUUUUUGUGAUGACAGCAGUUGGUUUUUCAUCAACUUGUGGCAAUCAAAUGCGGAAGUGGACUUUUUGAAAAGCAAUCCCAGCUUGAAGGCUUUGAAUUUUUGUGUUUUUAAGGACAUGGGAUACUUUAGAGAUGCCUCCAAAUACGAUAUUGAUUGUCAGUGGCAAGUUAGUGAUUGCAGCAAUCUACCUAAGAUAUUAAAUAAAAAUAAAUAA